GAGAGCAAUCGUCUGUCCGUCGCCCGCCACACGGCAGAUGCACGAAGGUCAAAAGUAUUUUAAAAAUAAGGCCGUAGGCAUUGGCAGAUUGGUAUGGCAGUGGACAUUAAGGGUUGGGUGGCGUUGUAAUGGCAAAAAGUUUGCAAAAGUAAGUUUGGUUGUAGGGACGGGAUUGGCGAUAGACAAGAUGGACCAGCAGUAUUGCCUUCGGUGGAACAAUCAUCCGGCCAACUUGACGGACGUACUCAGCUCACUAUUGGCAAGAGAAGCACUAUGUGACGUUACACUUGCCUGCGUUAAUGAGACGCACAUAAAACAAUUCAAAGCACAUCAAACGAUAUUAUCAGCGUGCAGUCCAUAUUUUGAGAAUGUAUUUCUACAAAAUACCCAUCCUCAUCCGAUAAUAUUUUUGAAGGAUGUCAAAGAUACGGAGAUGAAAGCACUGCUGCAUUUUAUGUAUAAAGGAGAGGUUAAUGUUAGCCAACAUCUAUUACCAAUGUUCCUGAAGACAGCUGAGGCGUUACAGAUACGUGGAUUGACCGAUAAUAGUGUAAAUAAUCAAAUCGAGGAGAGGAGCCCAUCACCAGAGCCUGAGACACAGAGCAAUGUUAGGCAGAGUGAUUCACCUAACCUACAGCCACAUUCUGAAAACAGGAAACGAAAAAUAUCUAGAAAUUACGAUGUUUCACUCACUGGACCGCCCAGCGAACGGUUCCUGUCUGACUCUCAGGCGUCAUCUCAAUGUAGUUACAAAUCGAGUCCCGCAGUGAUUCCAAAGUUAAACAAUACACUAGGCGGCGAUGCAGAGGAUGGGGGUAGGACAAUGUCACCGUCGUCGCAGGCACAGGCGGCUAUAAAACAAGAGCUCGAUCACAUGCCUGAGUUUCAUGAAAACAUUUCACUACCUGGUCAUCCAAUCGGAGUGUUAGCGGAAGAUGGUGGACCGGCGGUGGGGCCUCUCAGUGACGGUGUACCAGGAAUGGAACCGUCUGAGCACCACAAUCCACCUGAAACGGUCGACGGACUUGAUGGAACAACGGCAACGAAAAUUGACAAGGAUAUUGACUAUGAAAAUCAGAAUAAAUUAGACGGACAGCUCGGUGCAGGGGGUUGUAGGCUAUGCGGUAAGACCGUUGCCAAUAUAAAAAAACACAUGAAAUCACAUUUUCCAGACAAGUAUCAGUGUCAGAUAUGCAUGAUAUCAUUGACAAGGUCCGACAAUCUCAAAAGGCAUAUCAAACUCAAACACGGAAUACGAGAAGGAUCGAUGAUAUCUCCUUUUAUGCGUAUGGAGGCUAAACACUUCCUUGCCAAAACCGACGAGUCGUAUCUCACUUAGCCUUGCACCUAAUAUUUCAAAUAAAAAGUGCACACCAACGCACUAAGUCAGUGGAAUAAGCAAAAUAAUAAUAAUAAUAAUCGCAAAAACGAUCGGAGCUAAAUCGCCAUUACACUCAUGAAAUCCUAAUCGAUUAUCGGUACAAUUGAAUCACACGAAUAUCAGUGAUUGCAAUGACAACCAGUGAAUAAUAACCGAAUCUCCGAUCGCACUUUGGUAUCAAAAUCUACCUCCUAAUUAAGUUAAUCAGUAAUCUAUUUUCUAAAAAUUAGUGCCAUUUCAGUAAAUCGAGUGCUUAAUUUAAUUUAUUUAUUUAUUUAUACUCUGAUAUUCGAUAAUUUAGGAUUUAAUUUUUAAUGUAUCAGCCCUUUCUCUGUCUACCACCGGACACCGGAUUAACAAUGGCCGAGGGAUUGAGAUUAUUUACCCCGGGGUAGACGUACCACCGGCCCACAAUUUUCCACAAUUCGUUGAGUACAAUUUAAACCGACGUACGCAGGUAGAUAAUACAAAACACCACUCAUUUAUUCACAAAAAUAUUAGUCUCUCUCCUCCUCUAGUCUGCAUUUCCUUCGGGGUUUGAAUCAGUGGAAGAUGCGACAAGCAUUCGACGAAAGCUCUUCAACUCCACCCAAUCCACCCCCACAACAAACCCAUAAAAUGUGUACGGAUGUGAUGCAAGUUUCUUCGUACAUCUAUACCCCCCAUCCGUUUCAUCUUGUUUAAGUCGUACUCGUAUUUCGUUACCUCGUCUCUUGCUCACACCAACAUUUCCACUGGCACGAGAAACCGUUGUAUCGGUUUUUGCUGACUUGCCUCUUCACUCAUCUCUAAAUUCUCUCUUUACCAUCCCCCGUACCAUCCACCAUCCUUCACCCAAGUCCCUGAGAAACUCUUGAGUUUCGUUUCACCACAGCUUAUCGUAUAUUUCCGCAAUAAUAUUGUCAACAUUUCCCAAGGAAACGCCUUCGUUAUGCGAAACGCGCUUUAAUAUUCACCGCAAAUUCCUUAUUAUUCCACUCGAGCGAUUGAAACAUUCUCAUUCAGAUUCGCUUAAAGUGUGAGAAAAAAAAACGAAAAAAGGGGGUGGGAAUAUCAUAGAGUAAAGGCAAGAGAGAGCGAGAGAGAGAGGAAAAAGUAUUCAAUAGAUGCAAUCGCCAAUUGGUGUGACCGUGCAUCUUUAUCAAGAAUUAUCUAUCGAAAGAAUAUUCCAUCGCAAAUUCCCCAACUACCCAGGGAGCAGAGAAAGUGGCAAAUCUGAAACAGAACUAAGAAUAAUAUAUUUUUUAAAUGCAGUAUUAUAUUUUACCUAAAAGUAUAUUAAUAUUUAUAUCGCGAUAUGCCCGAAAGGUUGUGAAUCAACGAAAAAAUACACAUUCGAGAAAUAAUCGGAAAGACUGAAAAAAAGAAUAAAUAAAAAUAAUAAUAACGAGAAAUGUAAAGGAUUUCCGGGUCGAUGGAGGCUCGAAAAUAGUCAUGAUAAACUAGUCCCCCGAAGGCCACAGGUUGUAAUGUAAAUCCCAGAUUCUUCAGAAGACUUCUCAUUUGGGUGCCUUGUUCAUGUCUACCAAGAACCACCGAAAUACCCCAACAUUCCACCGAAAUCAGAUUGUCAAUCGGCAAAGACUCGAAUAAUUGCCACAGGAUGUCAAAUCUCCUCCAUUUUCCAGGUAUUAACUGUAUCCUUAAUCCAUUAUCCAAUCCUCCGACGACUGGCUGUACCACUCAUCCCAGUCUCAUCGCCAUCCGAAAUCCAGCUCUCACGAGUGGUUCCCAUAACUGAAAGACAAAAAAAAAAUCCCUUCCCCCUCAUCACCAUAAAAAUCACGUCUCACCCUCAAUUUCCAAGAAUCAUUAAAUAUUCAAAUUCCCACAAACCCCCCCCAAAAAAAAAAAUGUAAAACACAAGCGAUUAGAUUUAUGUUCUCCCAGCGCUAGUGGCCUGUAGUUAUUAUCGCGAUUACUUUCACCAUCUAUAAUAUUAUUAACACGACAACAUCGAUGAGAAUGUGUAAAGCACCGGAGGCUUGCCCCUGGUAAUUUCCAAAAUCACUAGAAUCCUCGAUAUUUAUCGAAACAUCUGCACCCGCAGAGUGACAUUUUUUAAAUUAAAAACCGACCAAUAAUACCAGCUGAAGCCUUCGGUGCUGUUGAUAACAACAAUGAAUGUACUAACGAAUUAAGCACGUAAAUGACAGGAUGAGGAGAGGCCCGAGAUAGUUAACAUCUUGAAUAUCUGUAUUUAUCAAAGGUGAAAUAAUUGAGCGACAGAGCCGCUGUUACUCGAUCAAAGACAUAUACGAGAGAAGCUUGGAAUAAUAAUGUACAGAUGAGUGAGGAAAACCAGAGUGACAGAGAAGACGCGAUAGUUAUAAUAAACCGCAGUUGAAUACAAAGGGGGAAGUGCAUUGCACAAUCAUUUGGUUAUUAUCUAACAUUCAAAGUAUUACUUUUCAAGAGGCCAAAGACACUAUUCACCAGUCUCUCUGGAUACCUCGCAUAACGUAUACAUCCCGAGACCGUUAAAUAAGCUUCUUACCAACAUCUAAUCUCACCCUUAUUACAGUUGCCUCAGUUCUCUCGAUAAGAGGAUCAACGCUUCGCGACAAAAUCCCGCAAAGAGUUUUCUCAUACCCGGAGAUGUAUCAACUGCUACGGUUUACUGGCUUCUCUGUACCCCUCGUGCCCCCUCCAAUACCUCCUGGCUUCUCUCCGUUAUUUUCUAUCGUCCUCAUGAUUCACCUUUUUUUUUUAAAAAACCACAGUUCCUGUCCUCUCAUCCGGCAACUCAGCCAAGAUGAAUUUCUCGAUCGAUCGAACAACGAUCGGUUGUCCCGUCAAGCUGGAAUAAGUAGCUUUUUAACUUGGGCAUUACCGAGUGGUCCACGGGCCCCUCCUCAAUUAAUCAAUGGCAAAACGUCUCACUCAUCGAUAAACUAUUGCGAUUUGACUAACAACUUUUUGGCUUAAGAAAUUCAAUCGGGACUAAAUUAUUCCCCUUCCCCCUCUAUCCCGAGUGUGCGUGUAUUUAUUUAUUUAUAUUAUCUUCUCCCUAAUACAUCUCGAUUGACGAUUUGUCAUCAGUGGGUGGUUUUCGAUUUGAUGUCGACAAUGAAGAGCAAGAGGUGGAAGAGAGUGGAGAAAAAACUGGAGCAUGAAAUCACUAGUGGAUUACAUGUACGAUUUUUCCAUCCCUUUUGUUAUAAAUAAGUACCGAGGUACUCGAGUGCCAGCGGUAGACCUAAUUAACGCCCGUGCACAUCAAUUAGUCGUAUACUCAGAGGUGAAGUGGCUUGUUUCCCGAAAAAGAGGAAUAAAUAUAUAUAUAUCCGUAAGGAACGCCGAUUUAUCGCAUCUCUUGUGUCCUACCGACAUUUGGCCAACCCUUCCCCGCUGUCAUCCCCCGUUUUAUCUCCCCUCGCCUGCAUCCACUCGAACCCUCCUCACAUUUAUAUUCUCCCUCCCUUGGCUAAUCUCACUCAGUUGUACAAUGGUACAUAAACCAAGGGCGAUCGAUAUUGAUGAGUGGCAAAUGCAUUUACCCAGGGUGCAAUGGCCCACUGGGGGCCCCACCCGGAGGGGAAAAAAAGAGAAAGAGAUUUCGCUCCCAAAUAGAAUCUACCCUCCGGUAGAUGCUCCCCUCAACCAUUUCAUUUUUUUUUUUCUCUCUAACAUUUUAUGUUUCACGUGGAGAAAAAGUUUCUUGAUGCUAGAGAAAAAAUGGCUCGACGUUAAAAAUGAAUUUUCCAGAUUCAAGAAAUUAUUACGGUUUCAUCUGGAAUUUUUUUUUUAACGUUAAAAAAUAUAUAAGGCUCUACUUCUCACGAUUUAUCGCUGGGGAAUGAAUAUCGCAUUUUUCCUGAAUUCGAAAACCUGAAAAUCAAUUCGAAAAAUAUUAUCCCGGCUGUUGAGAUCGGAUUGAAGAAAUGAAAUUAAAUAAACCAUCGCAACAGCCAGGCAAUCGAGUUCUCGAAUAAAAAAAAAAUUCAUUAGCAAGACCCUAAACGAUAAUAAGUCGAUUUAUCUCUCCCCCUGACUUCUUUAGGAAUAUUUCGAGAAUAAAGAUAGAUAGUGAAUUUUUCAACUAAAAAAUUCAAAAAUUUCCUAUCUCCCUUGAAUUUCGAGAUUUUUAUUGUGCUCCAGUGAAUACACCAGAUCGACUUAUUAUAACUCUAGUCUUCUCUCGUGACCAUUUCCCAAAUCUCGAAAAAAAAAAAAAUCAGAAAACCGCUGAAAAAGAAAAUGUUUUCUUUACAAUAUAAAGAAAUAUUUUGUCCCCAUGAUUUUGCUGGCUGUUUCCAUCUCGCUCUUUCGCUCCCUCUAUCUCU